GAAGUGCACAGACGCUGCCUUGAGCUUCAACAUCCCAACACGCAACAUGAAGGGAUAAAGUGAUCAAUAUUGCUAUUCCCGAUUUCCCCGUCCUCCUUUCUCCCCUGAGUUUGGUUCUCAAUGUCCCUUCACCACCUCCUCUCCCGCGUCCUCCUCAUCCUGGUUCCCCUCGCCAUCACCAGCACCACCUACCUCUACCUCUACCCCGUUUUCAAUGGCUGCGCGCAUCCUCUCCCCGUAGACGACGCAGACCAGGGCUCGCAACGCAGCGCCUUUCUCAAUGCCUUCCGCGAGCACUUCGACCCCGAGUCCGCCCAGGAACCAGCGACCGUCCGCCUCCUUGUUCUCGCCGACCCGCAGCUCGAAGGAGACACGUCUCUGCCCCUCCCGGAAUAUGAAUUUGGAUUCCGAGUCCGCAAACACUGGAACGACACGGUGGGCUCUCUAAGGAACGCCUCGUUCCCGCUACAUCUUGACGUGGUGCGCAGGACCGCCUCCACGGCCCUGUCCGAGUUUCUCACGGGAGAUAUCCCACGGGCCCUGAGCGCGAUCCGCAAACGGGUCGAUCUCCUCGGCAACGACUUCUACCUGGCGCAUAUCUACCGAACCCUGCACUGGUGGACUCGUCCCACGCAUGUCACCGUGCUGGGCGACCUCCUGGGCAGCCAGUGGGUGACGGACGAGGAGUUCGACCGCCGCGGCCAACGAUACUGGGAGCGCGUCUUCCCCGGCGGAGAACGAAUCAGCGAUGAAACCACCGCAACUGGCGCCGUGGGCUACGAUGCCGCGGCCAAUUCCUGGAAAACCACCACCCCCGCGGACGAUCUGGAGGAACUGCGCCGAUUCAAUUCCUCCUGGACGAAUCGCAUUAUCAACGUCGUGGGCAACCACGAUAUUGGAUAUGCGGGGGAUGCGAGCCACGCCCGCAUCCAGCGCUUCGAGCGGGUCUUUGGUCGCGUGAACUGGGAUGUUCGAUUCAGGCAUCCUCCGCCGGCGAAUGCCAGUACUGCUGUCUAUACGGGCGCAGUGCCUACCUUGCAUGUGAUCAAUCUGAAUAGCUUGACGCUUGACGGACCGCCGUUUGACCCGGACAUCCAGGCCCAGAGUUACCAGUACAUCAACGAUGUUAUUUCGCACCGUUCGUAUCCCGUUGAGGAUCGCAUGAGCUUUACGCUCCUUUUGACGCAUGUUCCGUUGUACAAACGGGAUGGUGUCUGCACGGACGGUCCCUAUUUUACCUUCUUUGAGGAGGAGACGGAGGAGACGGAUGAGAAGGAGGAGGGAGAGGACAAGGACAGGGAGGAGAAGGAGGAAGAGGAAGAGGAAGAGGAAGAGGAGACUCCACAGUUCAAGGUCGGUGGGCUCCGCGAGCAGAACCAUCUCAGUGAGCAUGCAAGCUCGAAUGGUAUUCUCCAGGGCAUUUACGGCAUGAGUGGUGACGAACAUGCCCCCGCAGGUGGAUGGGGACGGAGGGGGCUCAUCCUCACAGGCCACGACCAUACCGGCUGCGAUGUUGUCCACUACGUGGAUCGAAGCAAAGAGAAUGACACUGACGAGGAGGAGGAGGAGGAGGAGUCCUCCUCCUCCUCCUCCAAGGAAGAAAAGGAAAAAGAAAAUACUCCCGGUUGGGUCUGGAACGCGCGACGCUACAACGCUGCCGCCUCGGAAUCCCGCCAGCCCGCCUCCACGCCGUCGAUCCGCGAGAUCACCCUGCGCUCCAUGAUGGGCGAGUACGGGGGCAACGCCGGCCUGCUGUCGCUUUGGUUUGACUACGAAGCUGUGCAGUGGAAAUACGCCAUGUCCUUGUGUCCGGCGGGCGUGCAGCAUAUCUGGUGGGCGGUGCAUAUUGUGGAUCUUGUGGCGGUCGUUGGUCUAGGAGUGUAUAUUGCUGCUUUGGGAUUUGGACAGACUACUCCUCCAGCUACUGUUAUCGGUGUUGAGAAGGAAAAGAAAACUCAGUAGAGUGGGAACUGAAAGGGGAUCAUAUAUUUACUCAGUUUCAUGUACAUAUAUAUAUAUAUA